GAGGGCCUAACUCAAAUGACAUGUCAAACGAACUCUGAUUGGGGCGAAGUUCUGGCAGCAACUUCCUAACUAAUGGGGCUAGAUGCUGUCCAGUUUAUUCUAUAAUCCGAGGUCUGUAAGUUUUGUUUUGAGCAUGGUUUGUUUACCAUAAGUUCAUGGUUUUUACUUGCAGGAUUAUUUUUUCAUGAGCUGAACUUUCUACACACAAUAUGCUUGAUCUUUUUUAAAAAAAAAACUCCCAAAUUUAAACCCAUUUACUAACUAUGACAAGUUUAAACUCAUAUACUCAAUGUGUAUAUGUUUGCUUCUUAAGCUUUUGUCAUCACUCUUUUUUUACUCCAUCUACAUUCAAUUGUAGCAAACUAGUUACACCUCCCUAUUACAAUAAACGUUUCCCAUCCAAAGUCUUGAUUUUAGUUGCCAUUUUCAGGGUUACAAUGAAACAAGCUACAAAGCUAACAAUAACUAUUGUGUCAUUCUUAGGAGUAAAACUCCAACACAGUUUGUCUUUUUGCCCUGUGUACUGCCCUUCCACAAUUGGUUACACAGUCAUCAAGCUUCCAGAAUGCAUGCCUCUGUGGAUAGAGCCUCAAUGUUCAGUUCAACAUCAUCAUCUUUGACAUCAUUCCCUCGCUUUAUAAUUUCAAACAACUAGUUUGUCUUCUCAUCAGGUAAAUUCUAUAAACUCAACACCCUAGAUUGAAGUUUAAGUUUUUCCUUCAUACUAAUCUCCCUCUUGGUUGGAUCUCUAGCACUCAACUUUUGCUCUUUCCCACUUGCAACUAUCUCUAGAAUCAGUGGCUCCAUAUGAGACUGUGGACGGAUUUGAGGCCGUGGAAAUGAAUAUGUUGAUGCAGUGGAUUAGAUUUGCAUAUGUCUCACCUCUUUAAACCUGCGGUCCUGGAGACUGGAGUAGUGACAAAGAAUAACAAGAUCCACUCGCCAAGCUGUUAUACUCACGCCUGGAUUUCGAGGAAAAAGAGCUCGCCAUUUUUUUGGGAUAGAAGCUUGCUAGGGUUUUUCUUCUCCAGUGGUUCUUAAAGCUUCAUUCAUCUGCAGAAAAUCAAAAGCAAAGAGAUAAGUGAUCAUAUAGAUUUAUU